AUGGCCUGCGAGAAUCUCUCACCAUCCUCAACAGAUAAUGAUUUUAUUAUUGACAUAUCUUCAUCAGCAACAAAGAGAAACGAAAAAGAACAGUUGAAAUUAAAAUUUCAUUUGGCAAUUAUUGAUGAUAUCGAUAAAAAUAACAUCAAAGAAACGAAAGAAAAGGCUAAUAAAAUAAAAAUUUUAUUGAGCAAGCGAAUUGAUAGAUUUACUGUUACUGCACAUGGGAUAACUAAAACACAUUUAGCUAGCUGGUGGUCAAACUUUGGUUUUGCUAAAGAAAAUAUAUCAGGUGAAACAUCCUUUGUUUCAAAUUUUAUAUCAUGUCAACAGUGUUUUACAACAUUUCGUUAUGGUUUAUCAUCAACAGAAUCUAUUGCACGUCAUCAAUGUCAUGGAUUAACAUCAUCAUGUAAUUCAGCUUCUAAUGAUUAUUCACAUACAUUAGACAAACAUGUUAUUAAAAGUAAAACGUCUUUCCGACCAUCGAAACAACAAUAUCUUACUAAAUUAUUUUCUACUUGGAUAUCUGAUAAUUUAAGUCCUAUUUCAAUUGUUGAAGAUUCAGGUCUUCGAGAAAUUUGCUUUCAUUUUUAUGAUUUAGGAGCAAAAUAUAUUGGUCCCACAAUGGAUUUACAAACUCUCUUCCAAUCUCGGCAAACAAUUUCGCGAUCUAUUUCAGAUCAAGCUGAACUUUAUCGACAAGAAUUAAUUGAACUUAUUAGGGAGCCAAUCAAAAAGCAAUCAUUGACUCUUUCACCUGACAUGUGGCUCGAUCGCUACCGCCAGUUGUCGUAUUUAGGAGUCACAGUAACUUUUGUUGAUGCCAAUCUCCAGUUUCGAAAAUUUACCUUGUGUUGUCGAAGUUUUCCAAUUGAUUUAGGUAAAACAGGUGAAAAUAUAUCACGGAUUACUAAUAGUUUUCGCGGUCAUCAUUUUCAAUUUGUUCUUGAUUUGAUAUUAUACGAUACAUGUCCAUUUCUACGUCAUGCAAUUACAUAUGUUCCAUGUCUUCAGAAACUUGCGAUACAAUAUGAAAAAUUAGUGACUGUUACGAACAAAUGUACAAAUGAUGCAACACAACUCGAUUGUAAUCAAUCCGAACAAACAAAAUAUUUAAUGAAGUACUUCUCUAUUUUCUUUGUUUGA